AAUUAUUAUUUGACUGGAUUUUUAUAUUACUCUUUCAUCGUUAUAUUGUUCUUAGGUAAUGGAGAUAAGCUGACCUUGAUGUUAAUACAUCGAUAUUGCGCUACAGAUUGAUUGUAGUGUUCACUUGGCUAUAAGCAUAUUUGUAACAAUUAUUUAUUAUUUAUAUAAAUAAUAACAAAGUUUAUUAUAUAUUUUACUUAUAAAUAAAAUGGAUUAUAGUCAAAUUUAUUUUUUUAUUUAUCAUAUUAUUUAUUUCAUAUUGUUUUGUAAAUCCGCUGAUAUCACAAAGCACCCUAGUUGGAUGCUUUUAGAACAUAAUAAAUGUGGAAUAUCAAAUACCGAUCGAAUAAUUGGCGGUAAAAAUGCUUCAAUGGGAAUGUACCCUUGGAUUGCAAGAAUUGGAUACAGUAGUGAUUUAACUGGGUCCGAUAUAUCAUAUCGGUGUGGUGGUACUUUAAUUAACAAACUUUAUGUAGUAACUGCUGCACAUUGCGUCUCUAAUUUACCUGGCAGUUUCAAAGUAACGGGAAUACGAUUAGGUGAACAUAAUUCUGAGACUAAUCCUGAUUGUGAAAAUGGUUACUGUGCGGAUCCUGUUCAAGACUUUAAACCUAUACAAAUGUUAGUUCACAAGCGAUACAAUACACCGCAUUUUAAAAAUGAUAUUGCUUUAAUCAGAUUAGAUCGACCUGUAGUUUAUAAUGGAUUUGUAAUGCCUAUAUGUAUGCCCGCUGGAGAUUUAUUAAAAAAAAAUCUGACAGGAGGAAUAGCUGAAACUGCAGGAUGGGGUAUUUUUGAUAUAGAUCAUCCAAAAUCGAGUAUAGUUCUUCAAACAAUAAAAUUGCCUAUUCUGGAGACUUAUAUGUGUGUUAGGUCAUUUAAAAAUCAAGCUCAAAUCGAUGACAUGCAGCUGUGCGUCGGUGGUACAGUUGGUAAAGAUUCCUGUACUGGUGACAGCGGUGGUCCAUUGAUGAAAGUUGAAGCUUUAAAUGAUAUUCCUAAAUAUUAUUUAAUUGGUAUUGUAUCUUUCGGAGCUAAACAUUGUGGUCAAACAGCUAUGCCUGCUGUUUACACUAGAAUAACUCGCUAUUUAUUUUGGAUUUUAGAAAAUAUAUCACCAUAAUUUUUAUUUAAACUUAGAUAAAAAUUUAUUUAGCUUGAUGAUUAUUAUUAAUAUAAUAUAUUUUUAAAAAUACUAUUUGUUAUAAAAACUUUAUAUAAUAAUAUUUUAAGAAUAAUUAUAUUUAAUUUAAUUAAUUAAUUAAAAAAAAUUUUAAUUGUUUAAUAAAUAUAA